CGGAAAACACGUUCCACUUCUCCUGGUGACGAACUGCGAUUUUUGUGUGCCCUUUCGCGAUUAGAAAGUGAAUGUGCUGACGUGAAAAUCUGCCCUGGAAAACCAGUGAAGAGACCGCUGUUAGUGCACUCGUUCCCAGGCAUUUUAGAUGCACCAAUCGCUUUUAGUUUGCUUUAGUAGAAUAGCACUUUUCCGAACCGGUGGUGGUGGUUUGAAGCUAAAGUCCUCAUCGUUUUUCUUCAGCCCGGCGACAUCAGGAAAAUUUCAUCAUCUUCAAAAAAGUGCAAGGGCGUUUAGUCAACAAGCGGUUCCAAAGCCAUUUGUGUGGGGUUCCAACAAGAAGCAUCGGGAUUUUAAGCUAAAACUUCAGUUGCUGGAAAAUAUGGCCUCUGAUCCGAAGAUUGAGGAGGUGUUGGCCCCGUUGCGGCAGUCUGUCAAGGAACUGGGUGAUUUGGUUCGUAAGCUGAAGGCCGAUGGGGCUCCGGAGAUUGAUGUCAAAAAGGCUGUGAAUGAGCUGAAGGCCCGUAAGAAGAUUCUGGAAGACAAGGAGCUUAGCUUGGCUCCUUCGUUGGCGACAUUCGAUAGGGCUCGCAUGGAAGAUCUGUUGAAGCGGAGGUUUUUCUACGAUCAAAGUUUCGCCAUCUAUGGAGGAAUCACCGGUCAGUACGAUUUUGGGCCAAUGGGUUGCGCAUUGAAAUCGAACAUGAUCAACGUCUGGAGGCAGUUCUUCGUACUGGAAGAACAGAUGCUGGAGGUGGAUUGUUCUAUUCUGACGCCGGAGCCGGUUCUUAAGGCUUCAGGACACGUCGACCGAUUCGCGGAUUUGAUGGUUAAGGAUGUGAAGAAUGGCGAAUGCUUCCGUUUGGAUCACUUGAUUAAGAACCAUUUAGAGAAGCUUGCCGCUGCCAAGGAUGCUAGUCAGGCUCUGAAGGAUGAGUGCACGGACAUUGUCAUUAAGCUGGACGGAAUGACCAAGGACGAGAUGGCUGGAAUCGUGCAAAAGUUCAACAUGAAAAGUCCCAUCACGGGAAAUGAUCUCACGGAACCGAUCGAGUUCAAUCUGAUGUUUGGAACUCAAAUUGGGCCGACUGGAUUGGUAAAGGGAUUCCUUCGUCCGGAGACGGCUCAGGGCAUUUUUGUCAACUUCAAACGUUUGCUGGAGUUCAACCAAGGAAAACUCCCGUUUGCAGCAGCUCAGAUUGGAAACUCUUUCCGUAACGAGAUCUCACCACGAUCGGGUCUGAUCCGUGUUCGUGAAUUUACCAUGUGCGAGAUUGAGCACUUCUGCGAUCCUCAGUUGAAGGACCAUCCCAAGUUCGAGAACAUCAAGGAUGUCGUCAUGACACUGUACUCUGCUUGCAACCAGAUGGAUGGUAAGAGUGCCCAGCAAAUCAAGAUUGGAGAAGCCGUUGGAAGUGGACUGGUCGCAAAUGAAACGCUUGGUUAUUUCAUGGCUCGAAUCCAGCAGUUCAUGCUGAAGAUUGGAAUUCUUCCGGAGCGAUUACGAUUCCGCCAGCAUAUGGGCAACGAAAUGGCUCAUUAUGCUUGCGACUGUUGGGAUGCCGAAUGUUUGACCAGCUACGGUUGGAUCGAAUGCGUUGGCUGUGCGGAUCGAUCGGCUUACGAUCUUACGCAACAUACCAAUGCCACUGGAGUGAAGUUGGUAGCGGAGAAGAAGCUCCCGGCUCCGAAGACCAUCGAAGUUACCGAAGUGGUGCCGAACAAAGCCGCCUUGGGUAAGGUUUUCAAAAAGGAAGCCAAGAACAUCACCGAACUACUGGCCAAGCUGAGCCUCUCGGAAGUGGAAACCAUUGGAAAGAACCUUUCGGACAAGGGAGAGCACGUUUUGGAUGUCAACGGGUCUGAAGUAGCUCUGAAAAGUGAUAUGAUUACCGUAAAGACGACCUCCAAAACGAUCCACGUCGAGGAAAUUACUCCCAGUGUGAUCGAACCUUCAUUUGGAGUGGGACGCAUCAUGUACUCUCUGCUAGAGCACAGCUUCCAGAUGCGCGAUGGAGACGACCAGCGUGGUUACUUCUCGCUGCCACCGGUCGUGGCUCCACUCAAGUGCUCCGUGCUACCCCUAAGCAACAAUGCCGAAUUUGUGCCCUUCGUUAGGAAGAUUUCUUCCGCUUUGACCAGUGUGGACGUUUCCCACAAGGUUGACGACUCGAGCGGCUCCAUCGGACGUCGCUAUGCCCGCACGGACGAGAUUGCCAUUCCCUAUGGCAUUACGAUCGACUUCGACACCUUGAAGGAACCGCAUAGCGUAACGCUACGCGAGCGCGACUCUAUGAAGCAAGUUCGGAUUGGGCUGGAUGAGGUGGCCGCAGUGAUCCGCGAUAUGGCUACCGGUCGGAUGAACUGGGUGGAUGUGGAGGCCAAGUAUCCCAAGUUUGAACAGCAAGAGGCAAGUUCCAAGUAGGCAAACGCGACGGUUGAUUAGCAUUUACCCCGUAUCCGAAAGACAAAAUGACUAGAUCGAUUGUGGAUAAACAAACCAUACACAGAAUGCCGUGCCGUUAGGGCAUUAUAUAAGUACUAGGCGAUAAUCGUGUUUUCAACAAUUGUAUUUUAAAAUAAUAUAUCUAAGCCCGUACGUGCAUUUGCUUAAAACAACAACAACAAAAUAC